UUCAAGUGCCAUGAAAGCGUCAUUCAGUCACUCCAUGAUGGGCUUUGCCUACCUUCACACCAUGAAGAUCUGAAUGUAGACCUAAACAGAGGGAGUGAAUAGAGGAAAAACAAGAUCUGUUCCAAUUACACAGAUCAUGAUUGUUAGAUAGCGCCCCACAUCGCGAUGACUAUGGCUCCCCGAAAAAGGAAUCGUCAUGCCUUGGGGUUUCUUUGCUGCUUUGGGGGCAGUGACCUGCCUGAAAUCAACCUCAAGGACAAUAACCCCCUGCAGUUCUUGGAGUUCUCCGUGCCAAUCCCACCAGCGGAGGAGCUCAAUGCAAGGUUCUCUGAGCUUGUGGAUGAAUUGGAUCUUACAGAUAAGAACAGGGAGGCAAUGUUUGCACUCCCUCCAGAGAAGAAAUGGCAGAUUUACUGCAGCAAGAAGAAGGAGCAGGAAGACCCUAAUAAACUUGCUACGAGUUGGCCGGAUUAUUACAUUGACCGCAUCAACUCCAUGGCUGCAAUGCAGACAUUGUAUGCUUUUGAUGAAGAAGAAACGGAAAUGAGGAAUAAAAUAGUUGAAGACUUGAAGACAGCCCUGCGGACUCAGCCCAUGAGGUUUGUGACAAGAUUUAUUGAGCUGGAUGGCCUGACCUGCUUGCUGAACUUCCUGAAGAGUAUGGACUAUGAGACCUCAGAGAGCCGCAUACACACAUCCGUUAUAGGAUGCAUCAAGGCUCUGAUGAACAACUCCCAGGGACGGGCACAUGUCCUGGCCCACCCGGAAAGCAUCAAUAUCAUUUCUCAGAGUUUACGGACUGAGAACAUAAAAACCAAGAUUGCAGUGCUAGAGAUCCUGGGGGCCGUUUGCUUAGUGCCAGGAGGCCACAAAAAGGUCCUGCAGGCCAUGCUUCACUACCAGGUCUAUGCGGCGGAGAGGACAAGAUUCCAGUCAUUGCUCAAUGAACUCGACCGAAGCCUGGGGCGAUAUCGAGAUGAAGUGAAUCUCAAAACUGCCAUCAUGUCCUUUAUUAAUGCCGUUUUGAAUGCAGGUACUGGUGAGGACAAUUUGGAAUUUCGAUUGCACCUACGAUAUGAAUUUCUAAUGCUGGGUAUCCAACCUGUUAUUGACAAGCUCAGAGGACAUGAAAAUGCAACAUUGGAUAGGCACUUGGAUUUCUUUGAGAUGGUCAGAAAUGAAGAUGACUUGGAACUUGCAAAGAGGUUUGAUGUGGCACAUAUUGACACAAAGAGUGCUUCACAGAUGUUUGAGAUGGUCAAGAAGAGGUUGAAGCACACAGAUGCUUAUCCAUAUUUAUUGUCCGUACUCCAGCACUGCUUGCAAAUGCCUUAUAAACGAAAUGGGGGAACCUUUCAACAAUGGCAGUUGUUAGACAGGAUACUGCAGCAAAUAGUUCUUCAGGAUGAGCGAGGGGAUGAUCCUGAUAUAGCUCCUUUGGAGAACUUCAAUGUCAAGAACAUCAUCAAGAUGUUGGUAAAUGAGAAUGAAGUGAAACAGUGGAGAGAUCAGGCAGAGAAAUUCCGAAAAGAACAUGCUGAGCUGAUGAGUAGGCUAGAGAAGAAAGAAAGGGAAUGUGACAUAAAGACCCAGGAGAAAGAGGAAAUGAUGAAGACCUUGAAUAAAAUGAAGGACAAGCUGCAGAAAGAAUCUCUGGAACUACGCCAAACUCGGGACCUUGUAGUUCAACUCAACGAGUUCUCGCAAGGUGGCAACAUUCCCUUCCCGCCCCCACCUCAGCUGCCUCCCGGUGGCCCAUUUGCUUUGUCUUCUUCUCUACCAUCAUCGGAUAUCUUGCCACCCCCUCCACCCCCUCUACCAUUCUCUAGUUGCCCCCCUCCACCAGCUCCACCACCUCCUCCAGGAGGACCCCCACCCCCACCUGGGGCACCACCAUUCUUCAGCAUGGGUAUGCCUCCACUUUCCACCACCACUACCUUCAGCAGCAGCAGUAGCAGCCUAAAGAAGAAAUCAAUCCCACAGCCAUCUCAUCCACUGAAGUCUUUCAACUGGGCCAAACUGACUGAGGAGAAGAUUCAUGGCACAAUUUGGCACGAAAUUGACGAUUUAAAGGCUUUCAAGAUGUUGGAUUUGGAGGAUUUUGAAAAAAUGUUCUCAGCUUAUCAAAGACACCAGGACCUGCUAACUAACCCUUCUUCCUCCUGUAAGCAGAAGGAAAUGGGAUCAACUGAAGAUUUGUACCUGUCCAGUCGAAAGGUCAAAGAGCUUUCUGUGAUUGAUGGCCGGAGAGCUCAAAAUUGCGUCAUCCUUCUUUCCAAGUUGAAACUAUCCAAUGAAGAAAUACGACAGGCAAUCUUGAAAAUGGACGAAGAAGAAGAUCUGGCAAAAGAUAUGCUGGAGCAGCUACUAAAGUUUGUUCCAGAGAAGAGCGAUAUUGACCUGCUGGAAGAGCAUAAGCAUGAAAUUGACCGCAUGGCUCGGGCGGAUCGUUUUCUUUAUGAAAUGAGCAGGAUUGACCACUACCAGCAGCGACUUCAAGCACUAUUCUUUAAGAAGAAGUUUCCAGAGAGGCUUGCAGAAGCCAAGCCAAAAGUGGAAGCUCUUCUCUUGGCCUCCAAAGAGCUUACCCGGAGUAAGCGCCUGAAGCAGCUCCUAGAGGUUGUUUUAGCCUUCGGCAAUUACAUGAACAAAGGCCAAAGAGGAAAUGCAUACGGCUUUAAGGUCUCCAGCCUGAACAAAAUAGCAGAUACCAAAUCUAGCAUCGAUAAGAACAUUACGCUGUUACACUACUUAAUUAUGAUCUUCGAAAAGAAUUACCUAGAUAUCCUAGACAUGCAGUCUGAAUUGCAGCAUCUUCCAGAAGCAGCAAAAGUCAACCUGGUGGAGCUGGAGAAGGAAGUUAACAACAUAAAGACUGGAUUGAAAGCUGUUGAAGCUGAGCUAGACUACCAGAAGAGACGUAUGCGGGAAGCGGGUGAUAGGUUUGUCCCCGUCAUGAGUGACUUUAUCACUGUAGCCAGUUUUAGCUUUUCAGAGCUGGAAGACCUUCUGAACGAUGCGAGGGAUAAGUACACCAAGGCGCUGAAGCAUUUUGGAGAGAAUGAGGGUAGGAUGCAACCAGAUGAAUUUUUUGGCAUCUUUGACACCUUCCUGCAGUCAUUCACAGAAGCCAAGCAAGAUCUGGAGAAUAUGAGAAAGAAGAAAGAAGAGGAGGAGCGCAGGGCACGAAUGGAAGCUAUGCUAAAGGAACAGAGAGAAAAAGAGCGACGACAGAAGAAAGCAAAGGCUGGCAGCAUCUCCGAGGAAGGAGGAGGAGAAUUCGAUGAUCUUGUGUCAGCACUGAGGUCAGGCGAGGUCUUCGACAAGGACUUAUCCAAGCUCAAGCGCAACCGGAAGCGUUCAGGAAACCAAAAUCUGGAGACAAGCCGGGAACGGGCAGUGACAAAGCUCAAUUAUUAAAAGAGGAGGAUGCACAAACAAUAGAAAACAACAAAACAAAGACUAUCACCACAACAAAGGGACAAACAAGCUGAUGGAGACUGGCUGGUGUCUUUCCCUUGGAAGAUUUGUCUAGCCCAUGGCUUAGUUUACUGUUUCCAGGAUGAACAUCUUGACCUCUUCCAUAUUUGUAUAAUCUGGAAUGGUUGUAAAAGUGCCUCUCUAGGGCCUGGAGGAUUUGUCACCAUGACGUUGCUUUGGGUCGAUGGGUUUCUUCCUUGACUUUUUCCUUGAAAGUUCGGUUAGGCCCUGGUGGCGGAAAAAGAUGCCAUUGGGCCCCCUGCAUCUAUUAGCUACAGGGUGAGGGAGGAAUGAAGGAUGUGGUUUACUCUGUGCCAAAAUGUACACACGAAAAGAAGUUCUCCAUCUUGCUGAGAAAAUGCAAGACCGUCUCAGGCUGGUUCUGAAACCUCUGGCCCCCGACUUCAUGGCUUGGCUUGGCCUUCAGGAGUUUCCCAGGGAGUGGUUCUACAGUGUUGCAGUUCUGUACCUCCACUGGAUUUACAAAAGGCCAUUGAUUAAUUGAAGCCGGAGAAUUUUAUUUUUUCACCUCAAGGACAGUUACUUAGUGGCCUACAAUAAGCAAAGCAAGUGAUGCUGCGUCAGAGGAAGUAGAUAGAGCUGCUCAGCUUGAGAGAUGGACAAACUGUUUGCGAAACUCAUGUUUUCGUCUGUCGAGGAAUCAUUUGAGUCUUCGGGGAUGUGCCAAGUCUUCAGGGAUGUGCCAGUCAUGAGAAAAUGGGAAAGAAUGAACCACAAUGUAAGAGUGGUCCAAGCCAGAUCAUUUGUCAUUGCUGAGCAAUGUGUUAGGGAAAGGUUGGGUUAUAAAAAUAAUCCCACAUGCAAAUCUGCAUAAUCCUUGAUAGCACAAUAAAAUGGUUAUUGGGACUGAUAGAGAUAAGAUUUUUUUAAAAGGACAAAUAGAGUUUGUCUGGUGGUUGGAAAUGAGAAUCCAUUCAUUUGUUGGCAGCCAUAACUCUACUGGAAUGAACUGGAGCUUACAUUUAAUCAGGCUGGCCUUCUCAGAAGCCCCACCAUUCCCAGCAAGUGCUGCACAACAGUAUUAAAAAUGAUAAUAUACUACAUCAGUAGGUAGCAGGUAUUCAAGCACUUUUCCAUCUGGAAGGAAGGGACAGAGAGGGCUACAAAGAAGAGUUAAAUAUAAGGUGGACCCAACGAUGGAUUACCCCAGUGGAUCUUAAAAAGAGCUCUGAAAAUUACAGAUAAUUAAUUCAAAAAUAGUUUGUUGUUACACGAUGAUACUACCUAUCAUGCACAGACAACACACAUACACGCAGAGCCUACUAAUAUCUUCCUGUUUCACUGCGUUUUUAUGGUUGUACAGCAAUAGAAGUAUAUGGCGUAAGGUUUUUUUUAGUCUUUCCAAAGUGAACAGUUGGUUAUCUUCCCUUAGCUGAACACAGGAAAAAAUAUGGGGGUAGGCUUGGAUAUAAAGCACAGAGAUAGAAAUUUAAUCCCAUUUCUGGAAAAAAUUAAGCGGGAUAUGGGGAAUCCAGAAGAAGCUCAAAUUGUCACGUUAAUCGCUUGCUUUUGUUGGUCUCUCAACAUAUGAUUUAAUUUUGGACUUAACCUUGAGUCUGUAGAACAGCAGAUGUCUGAAGCACAAGCACUGUCCAAUCAAUAGUCUAUGCAAACAACGUUAGAAAAUUGUAGGGGGGUGGUUGUUGGGCAGAUUAGGAAGAGUAAACAAAGUGCUCAAAACUCUGGAGAUAAGCAAACAAACAAAAACAACCUGUCCAGGUUUUAUCUCCUGCGUUCCAGUUCUAAAUAUUCUGUUCAUGACAUUCAUGAUUUAUACUCACAGUGAAGGGCUGGUUACUUUCCAAUAGCUGGAUGUCUUGUUCUCCAUUAUGGUGGCUUCUUUGUAUGCGCCGCAAACCAACCCAAGUGAUUUCUUUAUUAUUAUUAUUAUUAUUAUUAUUAUUAUUAUUAUUAUUAUUAGAGCAUUUGUUUUCUGAAACAUUUUGGAAGGCCAUACAAGCUCAAAUUUCAGGGGCUAUGUUUGCCUCCAAGAUGAUAAAAUACACAUUUUAAAGAAAAUAUAAAUGCUAUUCCAAUCUCCUUGCUACUCUCUGUACUUAGGAGAGGUAGAAUUACACCAUGGGUGUUGUGUUGUGGAAGCCAUUUGAGAUAAAAGUAAUACAUGCCAUAGCGGGAGGCAAGUGGAUUUAGUUUGCUGUAAACCCGCAAAUCCCACGAUUACUCUCAUUUCAGAGUGUAAACUUUAGGUUUUCUUUCUUCUGUGAAAUGUCUUUCAUUUCUCCUUUGCGUCGCUCCCAGCAACCUGGCCUGUGGAGAUAUUACUUACAAAGGAUAAAUCCCAACUCAGAGGCUCAGGCUCGUCUGUAACCCUUCCUGCACUGUGGAGAAAAAUAUAGAAUUGGAUCCAAGUUUAUGUGAAUGUGCUGUUAUCUCUUGCUAAUGCUCUUACCAUGAAGCCCAUUCUUUCUAGGUAUGGAUCAAGGGAUAGGAAUACAGGAUAUUCUCCAGGCUUGAGGGGACCGUCAGCAUCAGACAGCAGCAGUGGUAGAUGGCAGGCAGCCACCAUUACAAAAAAAACCUCACAGUGUCAUAGCAGGCUUUCCAGGGCAUUGUGGGAAUUUUUAAUGGCGGCUUCAAACCACCCACUACUCAUCCCAGGGAGCCGGAGGAGGGUGACCCAUGCUGAUGCACCUGGGACAGAGUGGGGAGAUGUUUUGUUCAAAUAAGACACUUUUCCAUGAGAGGGAAAAGGGGGCAAGAAGAAAGCAUAUAAACGCUGCAGACUGCUACAUCUGUCCCCCUCCCCUGCCAAGUAAUGUCAGACAGACUUAUUUUUACUGUCAGUCACAUGUAAAACAUACAGUCCUCGAGUAUUUUUUCACAUAGGGUUGGAUCUAGGAUCUGCCUACCUCAAGAGAGAGGGACCUUAUGCAAGAGGAAGGGAUCCCUGUGCCCCAUUUUGGGGGAUCCCCCCUACCCCAUCCCAGCCCGCCCACCCAGCAGGGUUUCCUGACUCCCUGCAUAGCAUUUUCAAUGAGCUAGAAGGGCAGCCAUUGGGAAGGAGUGGGACGGAAGUCCACUUUUGUCAGCACAGUUGAUCCAGCUUAAAUCUGGAUCCAGCCCAUACUCUACACUAUCCACAGACAUCUAGGUGAAGUUUCCUAGGCUACAGUCAAGAUCUAAAGGUGUAUUUAAUGAGUCUAAGAGAGCCUUUAAAAAAAAAGCCGUUCUAUGGUUUCUAUUCUAUUAAUUUUUAAGCUACAACUCAAGUUGUUCAUUUUUCUGCAUUAUGCUGCAACCUAUAGGUUCUCUAGUGUAAGCAUGAAAUUGUACUAAAAGGGAAUUAAACUUACAAUAGGAUUCAUUCCUUUUGUAACAAAGCUUCAUCACAUUUGAGUCACUCAUUCAGUUGGGAAAUGUCAAUUUUCAGGAACAACUUGGGGAAUUUAGUUGCAGCUUUCCAUGACCUAUAAUGGAUAAUCCAGAUUGUCAGAGAUCGUAGAAGCCAAUUUUCAUGAUCCAGAAAGCAUGAACUCUCAUUAGAGAAAAAUCACUCUAGUUCUAACCACAUUCACUCAGAAGUAAGUCACAGUGAUUUUAAUAGAAUUUGCUUACAAGGAAAUAUAGUUAGGAUUGCAGCCUAUUACCUCCUCAGUGAAGACCAUGAGCACUGCCAAACUGGCUCUGGUAUUUUGAGAUGCUCAUGGGUUUUCCUGAGGGAAAUGUCUUUUAAUACUGCACCCAUUAUGCUGUGGAUGUGUUGUUGACAUAUGAGAAUUGCUUAUAGUAGCUGCCUUGGGGGUGCCUGUGGACUGAAAGAACAGGGUUGAAGUACUGAAAAAAAAUGAAUGAAAUAAAAAUAAAUGGAGCAGACCUGAAUCAGCUUAAAUCCAAAUAUCCAUUUUUUUUCCCCUCUGUGGACUAGCGGGUAAGUUCUUCAGCCAGGUUAUGUAGUGCCCUUCUCUCUGGAGAGCUUCCAUUUUAACCAAGUUCUCUCCAGAGCAUCAUUUUAUCCAUAUGAUUGUUCUGAGAAGUCAUUGAUACUCGGCUCUACUCCCCCACCCCCAGCAUCUGAACUUACCCUUUGUAGUGGGUCAUUUCCUAGCCAGAAGCUUCUUUCACUGGCCGCAUGAUGCCCCCCCUUUCUUUUAUCCCUACGUGUAAUUGCACUGUCUGUGAUUCCAUGAGCAGCAGGAAGGCUGUAUCACAUGCUUGUUCUGAACAUGUAGAUUGCCCCUUUAGACGUUCAGCAUGGCUGCUGUCUAGGAGUGCAUUCUCACAACCCUGUCUGCAAAACUGUGGUUAAUUUCUGACUUAAUCUAUUCUUUUCUGGCCACGCUUGUCACUUUUUGAGCCACCAUUGUGGAAGGCAUCAGUAUUCUUCUGUGGGUGUGCUAAGCUCCAUUUGAACUGCAGUUUGAAGUGCAUCCAUGCACCACAUGCAAUUUAGAGCAGAGAAGCUGCUUCUCUGUGCCAACUUUCCACCUCCCGCCCCUGGCCAGAAGUCAAACAGAGAACUGGUCCAUCACUUCGGCUUCAAUGCAGAUCACAGCUGUAAGAUUUUAUGCUCACUUUGCUCUCCCUCUC